AUAUCACAGCAUAUCACAUUGAAAAGUGAGACCAGUGUUUGAACAAGUGCUGUGUCGGACUCGCCUUUUUCCUUUCACAAAAAUAUAUUCAACUUUUGUUGCUAAAAGACGACAAACUUUACACAUUUUCUGAAGAUAUUUUCAAACACAAACCAAGAUAAUUACUCAACACAAGCAAAGCCUCUGGAAGUGGGAACCAUUUUAAAUUAGUAAGUGUGAAAUACAUAAAACAAAGAUGAACAAUGUGGCAGAUUGGCUCGUCCAGAACAGGGACAAGAUCGAGAAAGGUGUGGAGAUCAUGGGGCAAGCCUCUGAGGUGCUCGCUGCCACUGUUGGCCAGCUUCACCCCAUCUUAGAGGCUGUGUUCGUGGCCUCAGCCGAGAUACUCAACAACCCGGACAGCAAGGAGGCUCGCUACCUGACUCAGCAGUUUGAAAUGGUCAACCAGCAACUUGAGGGAAUCCAGGAUGAGAUCGAUCAAAUUGCCCUGGAGCUGCAGAAGGCGUCACUGAACAAGCAGAACUUCGAUCGUGAGGCGCAGAUGCUCAGCCAGUAUGAAAAGUUCCAAGACUUUGUCAACGCCAAGCCAAAGUUCAAGGAGAAGAAGAUGGAGAAGUUCAUCAGCCAUUACGAGAACACAGAUUCCGACUUGAACCUGGACGCCCUCUACAAUGCCGUCAUUGGGGAGAGCACAGCAGGAGACCCGAUGCUGGAGACAGUAGUCGCCAUAGAGCAGAGAAGCAGAAGGGCAGUUGAGGAUUUCUGCGCCCGGCUGAAGAAGCUUUUUGUGGUCGGCAUUAUCUCCGUCAUGGGCCAUUCUGCCCUCAAGGAAGGGGUGGUGGGGGAGGAUAUGGUGAAGAAGUGGCAGGGACGGAUGGAGGAUGUCGAGAAACGAAUGAAAGCGGCUGUUGAUGAGUGUACAGAGAACUUUGCAGAUCAAGCCAAAAUGGACAUUGAGCACAAGCUUCUGGAGAAUCCCGGCACCGUCAACCAGGACUUCACCAAAUCCCUUCUGGAUUUGCUUGUUAAGAAAUACGACUGGGUGAACUGGUCCGUCAGGGCUUUCAGCAACAGGGAGCGCAUUUUCUUUUUCAACUGGCUGGCAGGAAAGAAAUGCCAUGGAAGUGGAGGAGCCAACUGGUUUGACAUUUUGACCAAGACCAAGAUUAAAGUGGUGGUCUCUUUCUGUGAUGACCCCAAGCCCAUUAACAAGAGUCAGAUCCUGGAGCAGAUUGAGAGUCAGAAGAUGAAGGGGGACAUGAUGGCAGUGGCUCUGGCGUUGAACAAGAGCUUUCCCAACUACCUGGUCCAUGCUGUCAGCCAUUACAAAGAGGUGGUGCAGUCCAACAACUUCCAUGAGGACUGUUACUACUAUGGGAAACACAAAAGGGCCUACUUGUGUAUCCACUCCGAGUAGGCUCACAGAGAAACAUAAAGUGUAGCCGCCCGCAAACAGGAAGAAAUUAGCUACACAUAAAUUCAUGAAUGUCUUUACCAGAGCCCUGAAAAUCUCUCCAUUAAAUAUAGAAAUGGAUUCAUAAAUAUUGUCUGUGUUGAUGCAUAAUCUGCCCGGUUUCUGGAAUGUGAUUCAUUGUCUUACUCGUAUCCAUUUCUAUUCUUUUAGAUAAAUCUUUAAUCUGUUGAUACAGCAGCUUCAGCGCCGUAUAUCUCAAUGCCAGCUUUGACUUAAUGUCAUAACAUGUGAUACUGUCCCUAAUUUGAUGCUAGGAUUGGGCGAUAUGACAAAUUAGUCAAAUAGCUUCAAGAAACUUUGCCAUGAGUUUAUUGGAUUGAUUCAUACCAUUGAGGGCAAUAUUGUAAACGAAUUAGCAGGACUACUUUAUGGCGUGAUUUGAUUUGUAUUUGAUUUUCUUUUGCAUUAAUGUGAUGCCUUGUCCAUUUGGGUUAUUUUGAGCUUUACAGUUUAUUAUUUGCCUUUGAAAGCUGUAGAAUAAGUGAAUGGACCGUGAGUUGGUGCGGUUUUCUCAACUUUGGAUUCUGAUGUCAAAAAUAUUCUUUGAAACUCAACAUUUAAAGGAAUAUUUUUACAUCCUGGGAAGAGCACUCACUUACUUCCUGUCAAGAGUAAAAUAACAAGAUUGAUACCACUGUUGUCUGUCUGUAAGAUAAAAGACUAUAGCCAGGACGCAAUAAACUCAAAUUAGAAAAAAGACUUGAAACAGGAAGUCUAGGAAUGUUAAUUUACAGAAUAUCUACAGGAGUAUUUCUUGGUGGGUGACAUCCCGGAUCUUGACACAAAACCUCCUGUAAAACACCAAAGUACACUUUGUUUUCUUAUACAAUUAAACGAACAAGAUAUUACUCUAAGCUUAGAUAAACGCCUCCUGGCUGGAGCUUCAUAUAUAGCAAACAGACAUGUUAGUGGUAUUAUUUCUUCUCAUCUAAAUCAUUUCUUUCAUAUGGUCAGACGAAUCAGAAGAAGUCAUUUAAACUUAAUUUGAGAUUUUGUUGUUAUGUUUUUGUUUCUCAAUUGAUUUUCCAGAAUGUGCACCACCUAGGCAUAGACUUUAUAUCACAAAUAAAUGAAUGACAUGUA